AUGAGCGUCGGCGUCGUCAACGUGAGAUUUGGGGACCCCACUGACCACCCCGCGCCCCCCCCAUUAUCCCCACUGUCCCCAGGCUACUCGCUGGCCUCCCUCUUCGUCCCCAACCACACGCUGGUGGCCGCGGGCGCCCCCCGGCACCGUCACGUUGGCGCCGUCGUCCUCUUCGAUGUCCCCAAGGCCACCGGGUCGUGGCACGUCCUCCAAACCCUCCCCGGCCAACAGGUGGGGUCGUAUUUUGGGGCGUCGCUGAGCGCCCUGGACCAGGAUGGGGUGACGGUGGCUUUGCUGGUCGGGGUCCCCAACUACUAUGACGGGCGGAGAGGGGGACGAGUCGUCGUGUAUCGGUGGAGGGAGCCCACCCUGGAGCUCAUGACGGAACUCGAGGGGUCCCCCGGUCACCCCCUGGGCCGCUUUGGCGCCUCUUUGGGGACACUGGGUGACAUGGACGGGGACGGUCACCCCGAGGUGGCUGUGGGGGCACCGGGCGAGGACGGGGACGCCGGAGCCGUCUACGUGUUCCCGGGGUGUCCGGGGGGGGUGACACCGCGACACAGCCAGCGCCUGGAGGGCCGGACGGUGGCACCGGGGCUGCGCAUGUUCGGGACGGCGCUGGACGGGACGGGGGACAACGGGGACAUCGCCGUGGGGACGUGGGGACACGUCGUGGUGCUGCGGUCCCGCCCCGUUCUCCACGUGACCCCCUCUGUGACCUUUGACCCCGUGCUGGUCCCCUCCUCCUGGGUCGACUGUUCGGGUGUCACCAGCGUCACCGUCACCGUCAGCGUCUGUGGCUCCGCCCACAUCAGCCCCGCCCCCCACGGUGAUCAUGUGACCCCCGUGGACUUCCUGUUGGAGGUGGAGCCCCAGUGGGCCAGGGGGCGGGGCCUCCUGGGGGAGGGGCGGGAAAGGGGCGUGGCCGGGCGGCUGCUGCUGGGGGCGGAGCCAACGUGCUCACAGGUGCCCUUGGAGCUGCCGCCCUGCCUGGAUGACCCCGUGACCCCCGUGCAGCUGCGGCUGCAGCUGAUUGGGCCGGAAGGGGCCCCGCCCACCCCCGUCCUGGCCCCCGGGACACGCCCCCUGUGGGCUGAGGUGCCGGUGGAACGAAGUUGUGGGGCGGCCUCCCAGUGCCGGCCGGAUCUGUGGGUCCGGGUGCUGGAGGUGGAUCCGGCACUUGUGGGGCAGCCCCACGGGGUCCUGCGGCUGCGCCUCCUGCUGGGGAACCGGGGGGACGGCGCCUAUGGGGCCGCCCUACAAGUGGCGCUGCCCGGGGGGCUGAGGAUGCAGCGGGGGAGGGCACGCACGGCCUCGCUCCCCGUGCCCCUGAGCUGCGUCGCCGUGGGGCAGCCGUGGGGCCUGAGCUGCAACCUGAGCCGCCCCGUCCUGCGCGCGGGCUGGGAGGUGACGGUGGAGCUGACGUUCUCCGUGGAGCCCAAUGGGACGUGGGGGGAAUCUAUGGGGCUGAAGGCGCGCGUGAGCAGCGAGCACGAGCCCCACGGGACGCUCGGGGACAACGAGGUGACGUGGGACGUGCCCGUGAGCUUCGCCCUACAAGUGGCGGCGACGUGGGACGAUGGCUCCACCCCCUACAUCAACUUCACGUCCAAUGGGCCGCGGAACAAGAGCCUGGAGCAUCGCUAUAGGAUCGAGACCCUGGAGGCCCCGCCCCCCAGCAGCCCCGCCCCCCAAGUGACGGCCUGGGUGCUGCUGCCCCACACGCUGCCCCACGGCCUCUCGGUGCGCGACCCCCAAGUGCGAGUGGAGCCGGGGGGCGGGGCCUGUGGCGCCGUGGGGCAGGAGGACGAGGGCGCCGUGGGGCAGGAGCUGCGGAGACUCAUCGGGGAGGUGACGCAGAGAUGGGGCGCUAUGGGGCUGGGACCCAUAGAAUGGGGAGCUAUGGGGCUGGGACCCAUAGAAUGGUUCCGCCUCUUCCCUGCCCCCCGGCCCCGCCCCCCAACCGCCAUGUCUCAUUGGACCCAUUGA